AUGGAUCACGCUGGGUUGUUUGUAGAUGACGACGAGAUCAUGGAGGAUGCGGGAAACCAGCCCGAAGUACAGUCUGGUCUACUGUCACAAACCGCCAGUGGUUUUGAGCUGGAUGAAAGCGAAAAUGGUGAAGAGGACGACCCCAUCGUGGAAUCCAUCCCGGUGAUUAUGAACGAUAUACCCGAUCUGAACCAGCAUGUUUACGUUCUACAGUAUCCAGGACGCCCCAAGAGUAGUCCUGUGGAAGAAGAGCGAAUUUCCGCUUCAAUAAAGCCGGAAUCAAGGUACUUGGAGGUGAAAGUUCCUAUAGUCACCGAGAAAUUUUAUGAUGAAAAUAGAGCUGAAGAAUGGGGGGUCCAGGUCACGGAGCACUCUCUUCAAGGAGUUUUGGAUAAAACCCGUGGGGGGCUUUACGUUGGAAAAAUUAGACAAAUUGAUGGCCAGAGGCAGGUGGUACUUGUUCCUGUAGAAUGCAGUGCCCAACUCCGCCCAAGUUUCAAGUAUGUUGACGACGCCGAAACAGCAAGAACCAACCAACGAAAGGCUGAUAUGGGCGACCACAUACCCAAACAAACAAGCAGCCAUGUGCUUCAAACCUCGGCCAGAACUGGCAUCCAACCAGAUGGAUUUUCAACCACCAUGCUUGGUGAGUCCUUGAAACAUAUACGGCAAUUUGAAGACGAGGAGUGGUCCCAUCUACAAUAUCACGGUCCUAACGAUGCUCCUUCGGCAGAACUCAAUCAGCACCUCAUUGGAGAUGCCGAUGCGCAGCCGUUAUCUACCACCACUCAAUUGUCUGAUUAUAUCCUUCAACUCACUAGAUAA